CUACAGACUUCACUCGUCGGAAGAUUUUCUGUUGAAGACAAAAUGCCUGAACCAGCGAAAGCACCGAAGAAAGGCUCAAAGAAAGCCGUUUCCAAAGGCGUCACCAAGACCGGCAAGAAGAAGAGAAAGACCAGGAAGGAGAGCUACGCCAUCUACGUGUACAAGGUGCUGAAGCAGGUCCACCCUGAUACCGGCAUUUCCUCCAAGGCUAUGGGCAUCAUGAACUCCUUUGUGAGCGACAUCUUUGAGCGCAUCGCCGGUGAGUCCUCCCGUCUGGCUCACUACAACAAGCGCUCCACCAUCACCUCCAGGGAGAUCCAGACCGCCGUCCGCCUGCUGCUGCCCGGUGAGCUGGCCAAGCACGCUGUGUCUGAGGGAACAAAGGCUGUGACCAAGUACACCAGCUCCAAGUAAACCUGCUGUUACAACCAACAACACAAAGGUCCUUUUCAGGGCCACACACUGCUUCUACUGAGAGCUAAUAUCCUACAUUAUACAUUAAUGUGAUUGUACAGAUUAAUGUAGCUUUUUUUUUUUUUUAAUGAACCUAUUGAAUUAAAAGGAAAAUGUAAGUCUUGAGAACUGGA